GACUGACUUCUUCAGUGCUUAGAGUCUGAGAAAAAAUGGCAAAUAUGGAUAGUGAUUCUAGCCAUCUUCUCAUCCCUGAGGUAGAUAAUGAAAUAAAUCCUGGACCUAUGAAUAUCCAGUUUGAUUCAUCAGAUAUAAGAUCCAAAAGGACUGGAUAAAUAAAUUAUGGCACAUUGAUACAAUGGAAUAUUUUUCACCCAUUGAAAAGAAGGAAGUGGCUUUAUUGCAUAUCAAAAUGGAACAAGUCUUCAACUUAUUUUGUUAAAUGAAAAAAGUGAAGUGCAGAGCGGUGUAUAUAGUAUACUACCAUUUGGUGAGAAGUGAAUGCCUUGCCUUGGUACAUCCCAUUUCUAAUGGAGGACAAGAAGUUAUUUUCUUCAAUGGCUGACUUCCAGAAUUUCUGCCUGAACGUUCUUUGUCAAGUGUAUAUUCCCUUCUCUAGGCCUUUCUAUAUAGAGCCCACAAACAUCGUCAGUGUGAAUGAUGUCAUUCAGAGGGUUAGUGACCAUGCCUCUGCAAUGAACAAGAGGAUUCAUUACUACAGCCGGCUCACUGCUCCUGCAGACAAGGCACUGGUUGCCCCAGAUCAUGUAGUUCCAGCUCCAGAAGAGUGCUAUGUGUAUAGUCCAUUAGGUUCUGCUUAUAAACUUCAAAGUUACACUGAAGGAUAUGGUAAAAACACCAGUUUAGUAACCAUUUUUAUGAUUUGGAAUACCAUGAUGGGAACAUCUAUACUAAGUAUUCCUUGGGGCAUAAGACAGGCUGGGUUUACUACUGGAAUGUGUGUCAUCAUGCUGAUGGGCCUUUUAACACUUUAUUGCUGCUACAGAGUGGUGAAAUCACGAACUAUCAUAUCAUCAGUGGAUACCACUACCUGGGAAUAUCCAGAUGUCUGCAGAUAUUAUUUUGGCUCCUUUGGGCAGUGGUCAAGUCUCCUUUGCUCCUUGGUGUCUCUUAUUGGAGCAAUGAUAGUGUAUUGGGUGCUUAUGUCUAAUUUUCUUUUUAAUACUGGAAAGUUUAUUUUUAACUUUAUUCAUCACAUUAAUGACACAGAUGCAAUACUGAGCACCAACGAUAGCAACCCUGUGAUUUGUCCAAGUGCCAGGAGUGGUGACCAUCCUGACAAUGGCUCUAUGAUCUCUAUGAUUUUCUACACCAAUGACUCGGGACUCCAGCAGUUUGAAAAGUGGUGGAAUAAGUCCAAGACAGUGCCCUUUUACCUCAUGGGGCUCCUCCUGCCACUGCUUAAUUUCAAAUCUCCUUCAUUUUUUUCAAAAUUUAAUAUCCUAGGCACAGUGUCCGUUCUCUACUUGAUUUUUCUUGUCACCUUGAAGGCUAUUCACUUGGGAUUUCAUUUGGAGUUUCAUUGGUUUAUGCCAACAGAAUUUUUUGUCCCAGAGAUAAGAUUUCAGUUUCCACAGCUGACUGGGGUGCUUACCCUUGCUUUCUUUAUUCAUAAUUGUAUUAUCACCCUCUUGAAGAACAACAAGAACCAAGAAAACAAUGUGAGGGACUUGUCCAUUGCUUAUAUGCUGGUGACAUUAACUUAUUUCUAUAUUGGAGUCCUGGUUUUUGUUUCAUUUCCUUCACCACCAUUAUCCAAAGAUUGUAUAGAGCAGAAUUUUUUAGACAACUUCCCUAGCAGUGACAUCCUGUCCUUCAUUGCAAGGAUAUUCCUGCUGUUCCAGAUGAUGACUGUAUAUCCACUCCUAGGCUACUUGGCUCGUGUCCAGCUGUUGGGCCAUAUCUUCGGUGACGUUUAUCCUAGCAUUUUCCACGUGUUGAUUCUUAAUCUAGUUAUUGUGGGAGCUGGCGUGCUCAUGGCCUGUUUCUACCCAAACAUAGGAGGAAUCAUAAGAUAUUCAGGAGCAGCAUGUGGCCUGGCCUUUGUAUUCAUAUAUCCGUCUCUCAUCUAUAUAAUUUCCCUCUACCAAGAAGAGCGUCUAACAUGGCCUAAGUUAAUCUCUCACAUUUUCAUCAUUAUUUUGGGCCUGGCUAACCUAAUUGUUCAGUUUUUUAUGUGAAAUAGUCAACUGUCUUCUCCAGAUCUUUCAUGGUGUUUUGAACUCUGACAACAGUUCCACAUAAACUCACUUGUAAAUGCUGUUGUUGCUGUAAUUAUUAAUGUUUUCCUAAGGUAAUUUGAAACCAAGGGAAAUAGUGGUCCAUUAAUAAGUAAUUCGUGUUAGAAUGGGGAAAAGGGCAGUAAGAGUGGUCUUAAUCUCUUUACCAUUUUCAUAUUCACUCAUCUCUUCAUUCUCACUGUCUUUUCUGAGUAGAAUGUAUGCCCCUAGGAAAAAUCAUGCUGGGUUUUGCUUUUAGAGAUGUAGGGUGGGUGGGUUUAUUCUGGCUACCAUAAUGAUUCUCAGAGUGUCAGAGCAACUAUGUUGCCAGAUUCCAUUUCUGUUUUAUGUUUCAGUUAUUCACUUUUAUUUUAUUACUUGCUAUAUCAUUUCUGCAGUUUGCCCAAACCUUUACUGUUUUAGACAGUAAACCAAAUACCUCAUUUUAAAAAAGAAGUGUCCAUGACAUCAGUGUUAGUAGAGUGAAUUCUUACGUGAGCCCUUAAUCUCUGUUUUAAAAAAGAAAGAAGGAAAAAAAAAAAGCAAUGCCAGAACAGGCCCUAUGGUCAUGAAACUUAUGUAAAAUAAAGGAACUAGGAGAGAAUUUGUUGCUAUCUGACUCCUCUUUUGUUUCUAAUCCAGUUCCAGUUCCCCAAGUCACAUUUUGCAUAGGAACAAGAAUUGUCCUCAUAGACCCAGGGGGCUCUUUGGCUUUUUGGACCUCUGAGGAUUGCAUAGGAUGUGAUGACAGGACCAGUGGGGAAGAAUAUAGGAAGCAUGGAAGAGAGGGAUAUAUGAGGCGUUAAGGGAAUAGAGAGGGGCCAGAAAGAGUGAGGCCUUCUUAAAAGUGUAUUCUCUGCUGAGGGUGAAAGUGAUUUCUUCAACACAGGAAAGGAUUACUUCUGUUCAAAGUAUGACCUCCAGAAGGAGACCCCCUCAACAUACUUCUGUAACUGUCAGGGUAGAGGUUAAAUCCCCAAAAGAAAAACUACUUGGAUCUGAGAAAAGGAUUAGGGAAUCUGAAUUCUUUGAUUAACACUCUCCUCUUUUUCUUU